GCUCCUCAUAAAGUUAAUAAUCAAGACACAUGCUGAUGUUUGGAAGAUCCAAUGCCAAAAAGUACUAGACGGAUUGCUCAAAGAUGUAAUGAAAGCGUACGAUGCGAAGAAAGAACAGGAAACGGAGCAGGCUCCAGAAAAUGACCCAAAUUGCAAUGGCUUUUGUGAGGAAAGGAGAGGCCGAAAACAAACGAGGUCAUAUUCGAGUGGUGUCCUUAACAGGCCUCCAUUGACAGCGACAAGAAAGGGCUCUCAGAUGGAUAACGAGGAUGAAGAAGUUAUUCUUUUUAAGGGCAGAGGGGCUCGAAGGAUGACAAUUUAGGCACUAUUUCGAUGACGAGCUUUCAAUAUUUUCUGCAUGAUCUUGUAGCAAUUGUAGCCUUGAAUUGUAAUAGGGAGC